CACACUCGAGCAACGCAAGCAGCAGACCCUCCUCACGUUCCACAUCCAUCCAUCGUGCAUCCUGCCAACGUUAGUUUGCUGAUAUUUACAAAAGAAGAAGAACGAGAAGAAGAUGGCAGUGCCAACACCCGAGUUCACGGAUUCCUUUCUCGUGCAGACCAACAACUACGGCGACUUCAUCCGCAUAGUCCGGCAAAACGUGAUCAGAUACUGCAGCGACCGGAGUCCCAGCAUCUGGCAGCCCGUGCUGCCACCGGAGGAGAAGAUCCCCAAGCUCUGGUUCCACGUCGACCUCAUCAACACAAAGACCAGCUCCCUGACGCUCGCCGUACGCAUGGACAACCUCUACCUCGUUGGCUUCAAGACCCCGGCUGGGGUUUGGUGGGAGUUCAACAACGAGCAGAACAAGCACCUCAUCAGGGACGCCAAGUGGCUCGGAUUCGGUGGCAGGUAUCAGGACCUCAUCGGCCAGAAGGGACUGGAGACCGUCAUGCUCGGCCGUUUCCAAAUGGCCACAGCCGUGGAUGUCCUGGCGAAACACGGCACAAGCAGGAUUCUGGAGGAGGAGGAGCUGCUGCGGGGCGCCGGUGUUGGGACUGACGACCCGCACGCCUUGCCCAAGAGCAUGCUGGCAAAGCUGGUGAUCAUGGUAUGCGAGGGGUUGCGCUUCCUCACCGUGUCCGGCACGGUGGACAAGCAGUUCGACAAUCCGGCGGCGACGGUGACCCAGAUGGAGGGGAAACAGGUGAAUAAAUGGGAUAGGAUCUCGGCGGCGGUGUUCAAGUGGGCCAAGGACCCGACUGCUAAGUUCCCCGAUCUGGAGCAGGUAGGUGUCAAGGAUAGAAACGACGCUGCCAGGAUCGUGGCGCUCGUCAAGUACCAAAACAACUAGCUGAUCUAGCUGAGAAACAAGGACGGACGAGCUGUGAAUCUGGUUCAUACACAUACUUGACCUGCCACUCUACUGUACGCCUGUGCCAGCUAGUGCUGUUAUUGUACUACGUAACUAAUUUGUAUGUUUAUGCUUGCGUACGUGCUGUGCAUGUAAUAAGCUGGCUAUCUACUAUACUAUAGUUUGUAAAGUAUAAAUAAGUCCACCCUACACGGUGUUCCUGCUGCUCUUUAGCGGGUCGCAGCGAACUUGAGCGCUUGUUCGGUUUGGAGAUAAUUACUGUACGUAAUUAUUUUGGAGGUUUAAAUCCGUUGCAAAUCAAAAUAAUUUUCAAUCU